AGAAAAUCCUACUCUUCCGUCCAGCGGAAAUUAAAAGGCGUUGCGUUUCCCUUGCCGUUGCUUUGCGACCAUUUAAUAUCUAACAUAUCUCUCUCACUCUGUCGCUAUUCUUUCCUUAUAAUAAGAUUUACAUGCGUCUUUGACUUGUUUCACAUAAAAGGGCAACCGCAUAAACGUCCCUGCCUGCGACUGCGAGUUUCAGAAUUUAAACCAAAACCCUAAUUUUGGCCUUCUUCUUCGCAGGGCGCAUUCAAGGUUAGAGAGGUUUGGUCAGCUUUUGUAUGUGUACUUUGUUAUGGAAGGCGUCAAUAUGCUGCUACCCCAAAAGCCUCUGACAAAAGAUGUUGAUGAUAACAAUGGUGUUCCACAUCCUUCCACCAAUGUUGAUUACCAUCUUAACAUUCUUUUAGCUUCGCAUUUGAGUAACCCAGAUCUGACACCCCAGGAGAUUGCUGAGGCCUCUAGAUCCACUGCUGCUGCUGCUGCUAUAGCUGCAAAGGCCGCCCGUGCUACCGCUUAUGAGAAAGCUGCUGCUGCUGCAAAAGCCGUUGCUGCCGCUAAGACUGCUUUAGAUUUGAUUGCCUCCUUUCCCAACCAGGGUCAGGGACUUGUCCAAGACGGUAGGGACAACAUGAAGAAGCAUGUUGCUGCUGACUUGUCCUACUCAAAGGAUGAUGACGAAUUACCCUCCUCCUUGCAACUAGGAGACGACACUCAUGGCAUAAUUCCAAAUUCCUCUUUGAACGACACUCAUGGCAUAAUUCCAAACUCCUCUUUGAGCGAGGCUCCCACAGGCUCAAGAGAGGGGCCAAAUACAGAGCAAGCCAGUUCCAAGAGGGUGGAUUUCGAUGGCCUUGGCAUGGAGUUAGAUACCGAUAGACUGAACGGAUCAGCAGCUGGUGGAGAAGGAGCAAAGGAAGGGAUGAUUCAGGUGACCAGAAAGAGGGGGCGGCCAAAGUCCAAAUGAUUUUGCUUCUGUAAUUAUUUUUGGAGUCUAUUUGCUGCAAAUAGCCGCAAAUGCUGCUUGUAUAUCAUCAAGUCCCUAGAAUGUGUGUGAGAUUUGGAGAGGCUAAUGAAAUUAUGAAAAGAAAACUCACAUAGUAUGUUUUAUUUUGGGGUCGGAUGGUCUGUGGAGCUCUUUCGUCCAUCAUAUCCGAUUUGCUCACUUGAUUCUAAGCAUGUCUUUUUAUUA